AUGAAGGACGGCGACGGCAACAGCGAUAAAGACCGAAAGGUCAAGGCGACAACAGUGAAGCAUGCAACCUUUGCCGAACCAGAAAAGCAGGCGGACGGGUCUGUAGGCGACAGUGACGAUGACACCAAGUCGUUGGAGGUGACCUUUGACCCCGCCAAUCCAUAUCGCCGAAAGAGUUCUCUCGUGGCAUCAGAGGUAGUGCCGCCAUAUGCACAUCAACACCCCGCGGCUGCCCGGCGCGACCAAUGCCUUGUCCAUCAGUUUCUAGAUAGCCAGCGUCGAGCCAACGCCGCAGUUGGCGAUGCUGGUCAGAAACGAUACCAUGCGCAUCCUAUUUAUGCGAGCCCCGACGAGCACGAUGAGCACAAUGUCGAUGAAACUAGAGCAGAGGGCAAAGACAGACCCUCCGGAUCCAAACACAAGCCAAGACAAGACUCACGUGUCGAGGUAGAUCCCUCUAGCCUCGAUGGAGGUCGAAUUGGACAGGCUGAUCAGGAGGCUUGGACCCGUACUAUGUCCAAGAGUGCCUCGCAGCUGGAUUUGACUCAAAACGACGAGGUUCACAGUCGCAUGCUUACUAAAAAGCAACUUUCCGACAUGGCAUGGGGUGUUCGUGAAUUAAGUCGAAGACUGAGCAGCAUGCGAAUCCGCUUUCGAGUCAAGACUAUUUUCCUUUUGACCAAAGUUUACGACCAAGACUUGAUUCCCAAGGCCAGAGAAUUGACAAAGUGGCUUUUGCACAAUCAAAGGGACGUUGAUUACGUCGUGUUUGUGCAAGACAAAUUGAAGACAAGCAAGAAGUUCGACGUAGCCGGUAUUCUGGACGAUGCGGCCAAGAGCUACUCUGCAGAUGGUGCUGUAGACUUUGCCACAGCAAGAGCGAGUCUGGAACGACGACUCCGGUACUGGGACGAGCCAAUGUGUAGAUCGCGACCACAUAUGUUUGACUUUGUGAUUACGCUCGGCGGCGACGGCACGGUCCUAUAUGCCAGCUGGCUAUUCCAGCGCAUCGUCCCUCCUGUCUUGAGCUUUGCCCUCGGCAGCUUGGGGUUUUUGACCAAGUUUGACUUUGGAGAGCACGAAAGAAUACUAGGGUCUGCGUUUGACAAGGGCGUGACUGUUAGUUUGCGCCUUCGUUUUGAAAGCACGGUGAUGAGGAGCAUCAGACGAAAGUACUCUGACGAAGAAAAGGAGUCUGGCGAAGACGAAGACGAUCUUCACAGCCGCAGGGACUUGGUAGAAGAGUUGAUAGGGGAAGAGAGGGAAGACGAACACACCCAUCGACCCGACGGCACUUACGAAAUCCUGAACGAAGUGGUGGUGGACCGUGGACCGAAUCCCACCAUGUCAUACACUGAGAUUUUCGGAGACGACGAGCAUUUCACCUCCAUUCUUGCGGAUGGCGUUUGCGUAUCUACGCCAACGGGAUCCACGGCGUAUAACCUCGCAGCUGGAGGCUCACUCUGCCACCCUGAAAACCCCGUCAUGCUAGUCACCUCCAUUUGCGCGCAUACACUCUCGUUCAGACCAAUCAUUCUGCCCGAUACCAUUGUGCUCCGCGUUGGCGUGCCGUACGACGCCCGGACGGCGUCGUGGGCGAGUUUUGACGGCCGUGAGCGGGUGGAGAUGAAGCCUGGUGACUAUGUGACUAUCAGCGCGAGUCGGUUCCCAUUCGCGUCUGUGCAGACAGAGGGUCGGCGAAGCGAGGACUGGGUGAAUAGUAUCAGUGGGAAACUGGGGUGGAACACGAGACAGAAACAAAAGGAGUUCAAGAAGUGGGAUUAG